UCGCCUGAACGGCACGGCACAGCUCUGCUGGUAGGGGGCGACACGGCGUAAGACGAGUCUGUUCUGCUUACCACUGAAAACUUUGGCAACAGCGAAAGGAAUUAGCUAGCACACCAAUUACUGUAUUAGUUUCUAAAACUGUCGUGAUCGGCGGUGAUGCUGGGGGUGGCUGGAAUGACGGGCAGCAUUGCUAAUGCCCUGGCCAGUGCGGCCUGUGAGCGAUGUAAGAGUGGCUUUGCUCCAACUGAGAAGAUUGUCAACAGUAAUGGAGAGCUGUACCAUGAGCAGUGCUUUGUGUGUGCUCAGUGUUUUCAGCAGUUCCCAGAUGGACUCUUCUAUGAGUUUGAAGGAAGAAAAUAUUGUGAACAUGACUUCCAGAUGCUCUUUGCCCCUUGCUGUCACCAGUGUGGGGAGUUCAUCAUUGGUCGUGUCAUUAAGGCCAUGAACAAUAGUUGGCACCCUGACUGCUUCUGCUGUGACAUUUGCCAGGCUGUGCUUGCAGACGUGGGGUUUGUCAAAAAUGCUGGCAGGCACCUCUGUCGACCAUGCCAUAACCGCGAGAAAGCUCGUGGCCUGGGCAAGUAUAUCUGCCAGAAGUGCCAUGCCAUCAUCGAGGAGCAGCCACUGAUCUUUAAGAAUGACCCAUAUCACCCAGACCACUUCAACUGCAGCAACUGUGGGAAAGAAUUGACAGUUGAAGCCAGGGAACUCAAGGGAGAGCUCUUCUGUUUGCCCUGCCACGACAAGAUGGGUGUACCAAUCUGUGGCGCCUGUAGGAGACCUAUUGAGGGGCGUGUUGUCAAUGCCAUGGGCAAGCAGUGGCAUGUGGAGCAUUUUGUGUGUGCCAAGUGUGAGAAGCCUUUCCUCGGCCAUCGGCAUUACGAGAGGAAGGGAUUGGCUUACUGUGAGACUCAUUAUAACCAGCUCUUCGGCGAUGUGUGCUAUCACUGCAACCGUGUGAUUGAAGGCGAUGUGGUGUCUGCUCUCAACAAGGCUUGGUGUGUCAGUUGUUUCUCAUGCUCCACCUGCCACACUAAACUCACUCUCAAGAACAAGUUUGUUGAGUUUGACAUGAAGCCUGUUUGUAAAAAGUGUUAUGAGAAGUUUCCUCUGGAGCUGAAGAAAAGGCUCAAGAAGCUAGCCGAGUCCUUGGGACGCAAGUAAACUGCUCCUGGCCCAACAACCUGGAAGUGUUCCUCCGAUGUCUGUGAUGGUAAAACAUCCAGGACGAAUAACAACAUAAGGACCCAGCGUUAUACCAGAACAUCAAGAUUAGUCCUUUAAAUGGGAUCCGAUUUAAAAAAAAAAUAUAUAUAUAUAUAAAUGUAUAUCACUGUGGUGUUGUCAUAAAAGGGGCCUGUUCGCAGAUGCCCUUUUUAUAUAUAUAUAUAUAUAUGAAAAUGUUAAUUUUUUUUAAACAUUCCUAAAUUGUCCAAAUUAGUUUUUCUCUCUAGAAAAGAUGUGUUGUCCCAGUUUAUGACUUUACCAUGAGCAUUAUUUGAAAAUGGCUGUCUAAAAUAUUCAUUAAUUUGAAAAGAUUGCUGUUUGACAUUAUAUUGAAUUACACGUGUGCCUUGAAUAUAUAUAAACUGUGUCUUAAAAUGCAUAUUAUGGUUAAAAUGUGACUUACAUGCAGUUAUAAUAGUUAUGCCUUAAUAUACCCCAAAUCAGAAUUCUACCUGCCUUCUCAACUUUGAGUGUUUAAUACCUCAGAAUGAAUAAUUUACAAAGCAUCCACUGUAUUCUUUAGGAUAUUGUAAUGAUGUCUCCUCUUGCUAACAUGAAAAAAAUAACAUGUUUCAAGAAAAACUUAGAUAUGAGGUAUCACUGGGAGCAAGGCUUAUAUACAAACCAUUAAGUGUUAAUGAAUCCACUGGAUAUGGUUAAUAUAAUAAAUAUCAGAUGGUAAUUAA